CUUUUUCAGCUUCUUGCACAGCGGUGGCCAUUUGAUCAGUCCCCAGUGGGAGCAGUUCUUUGCAAGGUCUUUCCAUUCGUUCAGAAGGCUUCAGUUGGAAUCACAGUGCUCAACCUGUGUGCUCUGAGUGUAGACAGGUACAGAGCAGUUGCAUCCUGGAGCCGAGUUCAGGGCAAUGGAAUCCCACUUAUUACAGCAAUUGAAAUAAUCUCCAUCUGGGUCCUUUCAUUUGUGCUGGCAAUCCCUGAGGCAAUUGGAUUUGUCAUGGUGUCCUUUGACUAUCGGGGUGAAACAUUACGAACUUGCAUGUUUGAUGCUAGCUCUCCUUUCAUGGAGUUUUACAAGAAUGCAAAAGAUUGGUGGCUGUUUGGCUUCUAUUUCUGUGUACCCCUGGCAUGUACUGGAAUUUUCUAUACACUAAUGACAUGUGAGAUGUUACACCAGAGGAAGGGAAGUCUCCGCAUAGCAUUGAGUGAGCACCUAAAACAGCGCCGUGAGGUUGCAAAGACUGUGUUUUGCCUGGUUGUGAUAUUUGCCCUGUGUUGGUUUCCUCUGCAUCUGAGCAGAAUUAUCAAGAAGACCGUGUACAAUGAGCAGGAUUCUGGACGCUGUGAGUUUCUAAGCUUUCUGCUGGUUAUGGAUUUUAUCAGCAUUAACUUGGCAGCAUUAAACUCUUGUAUUAAUCCAAUUGCGCUCUACUUCGUAAGCAAGAAGUUUAAAAAUUGUUUCCAGUCGUGUCUGUGCUGCUGUUGUCAAUCAAAGACCCUGACAAGCACAUCCCCCAUGAUUGUGACCAGUAUGCAGUGGAAAAAUCAUGACCAAAACUACUACAUUGCAGACAGGAGUAUUCACAAGGACAGCCUCAACUAG